AUGGCUGGUCGGGAAAUCCUUAUAAAGGCGGUUGUCCAAGCUACUCCUAUGUACACUAUGAAUUGUUUUAAACUCCCGGAUUCUUUAUGUAAUGAGCUUAACUCUUUGAUUAGAAACUUUUGGUGGGGCCAACAGGACAAGGAAAGAAAACUAGCAUGGCUAGCUUGGGAGAAGAUGUGUACACCCAAAGCUGAGGGGGGGAUGGGUUUCAAGGAUCUUAAAGCUUUUAACCUUGCUUUGCUUGCAAAACAAGGGUGGUGGCUAAUUCAAAACACUGAGUCCCUUGCCCAUAGAGUUUUGAAAGCUAGGUAUUUCCUGAAUUCCAAUUUUCUGGAGGCUCAAAUUGGUAAGAAACCGUCGUAUACUUGGAGGAGUUUGAUGGAUGCAAAAGAAGUUCUCCGGAGAGGCUUGAGAUGGAAUAUUGGGAAUGGGCGAAGAGCGAAAAUAUGGGCAGAUAGGUGGAUCCCAAUCCUAAAUUCUUUCAUGGUUGCAAGUCCUAAGCCCCAAAACUUUGAGGGUGAACUAGUGGAGACCCUUCUUGACUGUGAAUCAGAGCAGGGGCGUAGCCAGGAUUUUUUACAUGGGGGGGGCCGAUUUUCGACGGUGAUGAUUAUCAUUGUUGAUCGGAAGGAAAUAAAGCGGGAGCGCUUGGCGUGCACAGCAUGGUGUAUAUGGAAGAAUAGAAACACUGCAAAGUUUGAAGGUAAGAUUAAACAAGCAAAGGAGAUAGUCUCUGAAGUAAAUGCUCUGGUUGAGGAUUUUAAGGGGCAGCCGGAAGCUUCAAGACAGAGAGCUCCAUCGAGAAUAGUAGGAUGGAGUCCUCCACGUGAAGGUUGGUUUAAAGUAAAUGUCGAUGGCGCGUUGUUUAAAGAGUUGGGUAGCUGUGAAAUUGGGGUUGUGAUUAGAAAUGAAAGGGGUCUUCUCAUGGGAGCUAUGAGUAAGAAGCUGGACUUACCUUUGGGAGCGUUGGAAGUGGAAGCAAAGGCCUUUGAGGAGGGAAUUCAGCUGGCUGGAGAUCUCGGUUUGAGGAAUAUUGUAAUGGAGGGUGACGCGAAAAUGGUGACAGAUGCUCUGGCUGGUCGCUGCUCCCCCCCAAGGUCGAUUCAAAUGAUCAUUGAAGGAUUCCGGAGGUGGAGUCUAAAUGUCCAUGCGUGGCAGGUUACUCAUGUCUGUAGGACCGGCAAUUUUGCUGCCCAUUUGAUGGCUAGAAAUGCCAAACUUGUAAAUGACAGUAUUGUGUGGGUGGAGGAUACUCCACCCAUCAUAGAAUGUCAAGUGACCAAAGAUGUAUCUGGUUUGGACUUAGUGUCCUUUUAA